CGAACCAUCCUGAAAGAGAGAGAAGGCACGAGCGAGGAGAAAGGAGGACAUACUGAAAGUGCCGAAACGCACAGACACACGGAGAAACCAUGGAGACUAGACCCACGAACCGGAGGACAGUACCUAAUGACGGAAUGCGACUUUUAACGUCCUUUUUCAUCCUGUGCGGAGCCGCGGCAGGUGUAAGCAGUAACCAGGUGGUCGUCCCUGACAAAGUGAACGCGGUGCUGGGGAAGAACAUCACGCUUGGCUGCAGGAUCCUGGUGGAGCCCAACCUGAGUCUGACUCAGGUCUCCUGGGAACGCCGUCUUCCAUCGGGUCCCAUCACCUUGGCAGUGUUCAACCCCGAGUACGGAACCUCGUACGCCCUGGAAUACGGCAAGCGCAUCUCGUUUGUUUCCCCGUCCAUACGGGAUGCCACUAUCAUCAUCGAAGGAGUUGGUUUUGCUGAUAUCGGGUCAUACACCUGCAAAGUGGCGACUUUUCCUUUGGGCAACACGCAAGCGUCGACCUUUGUUAACGUUUCAGUGGAGCCCAAGGUGUACGUGUCUGCAGGCCCCGCGGCUCUCCUUGAUGGCGGGGACGAGGCGCUGGUGGCCACCUGCAUCGCGGAGCGCGGGCGGCCCGCCGCUGAGGUGUUCUGGGAGGCCGAGCUGUACGGGCGAUCUGAGAAGCAAACUCAGGAGGAAGUCAACGGCACCACCACGGUGCGCGUCAACUACAUGUGGAAGCCCCAGAGCUACGCCCAGGGAAAGAUGCUCACCUGUGUGGUGCGCCACCCGACUCUGCAGACAGAGUUCCGCAUACGCUACAAGCUGAAUGUGCAGUUUGCACCAAAUAUAUCCAUACAAGGAAUUGAUAAAAUCUGGUAUGUGGGUCAAACAAACGUGAGAAUCACCUGCACAGCCAAAGCCAACCCUCCUGCCCAUGACUACAAAUGGAUCAGGUUGGAUGGAGCCAUGCCGGAGGGUGUUAAGAUUUCAAAUAACAGCCUUUCUUUCACACGCCCGCUAGAGCGCAAUGAUUCUGCAAUCUAUCGCUGCGAGGUGACUAAUGACAUUGAUCGCAGCACUCACAAUGUCAACUUCUGGGUUCAAGAUCCCCCCCCCACCACUGCGGCCCCCAGCACCACCGCCUCCCCCAUCCGCUACGCGUCCGGAACCGGAACAGACAUGGACCGCCGCCGAGCCCUGUUCACCUCCCCCACCCUGGCCUCGGUCCACGACAGCAGCCUGGGCACCAUAAUCGGCGGGGCAGUGGGCGGCGUUCUCUUCCUGGUCCUCCUGCUCAUCCUCGGGGGCGCUUGUUUUAUGCGCCAGCGCAGGACCUUCAGAGGGGACUACUACACCAAGCAGUACCUGGGACCCUCCGACAUGCAGAAGGAGUCUCAGAUAGACGUCCUACAGCCGCACGAGCUGCAGGAGGUUUACGGGGACAAGACGAGCAAGGGCAGCCAGGAGCUGAAACCCAAACUGGGCGGGGACAUCAUUUACCCCGACUACACUCCGGAGCGGAAGGACAGGGACGACUGGAACGACAGGGGGGAUGGCCCCAGGGUCACGAAGGAGGGGAACUAUUACCCAGACCACUACAACAACCAAAACAUGCACCCCUGCGGGCCUCCCGUGCACAGCCCCAUUGUUAACAAUGGCUCCCCCUACCUUCCGGAGGACUGCUACGAAAACGGUACAGACAGCGACUACGUGUCGCACAUGGACGGAUCUGUGAUUUCACGCAGAGAGUGGUAUGUGUGAGGACAACUAGGGACAAAACGGCGAACAUCGAAAUGGGAUUUAGUCAACAAGUGACAGACUUCAAAGGAUGCAUCGAUUUAUUUAAGAAGCAGAAAUUAAAUUUAUAAGCUUUUCACAUUGAGCUUCUUGAAUGGUUUUGCUCCGCCUUGAUUGUAACCACUUAACCUUAAGGAUGUUUUCUGGGGAUUGUACUUCCGAGUUUGUAGCGAUGAGCUGCAACGAAGCUGGAACGCCUCAGAAGAUAUGACCUGUUUCUGCUUUGGCCUACGGUGACGUGUCAAAUCAAUGUGAACGAGGUUUUGUUGCCCUCUGGUUUGUGUUUGCACCUGUUUCGUACACGGUCGGCUGUUCCACGCCCUCGUUGGCCAAGUAUUUAUUCCGCAGACCGAACGGGCUUUGCUCUCCUGAAGCCUCACAACUUCUGCCGCGUCUAGAAAAACUAUCUCAUGAGAGUUCGUUGUGCAUUUUCACACACAAGUGAAGAGUUUAUUAUGGCUGAAACCAGUAUUUAAAGCAAAUUAUAUUGCAUGCUUUCUAAAAAACAAAGGUAUCAUUAAGUGAAAGGGAAGUUUACAAGAUGAAAAGGGAGACUUGCUGGCGCGUCGUACAAAGGGUGAAGCAAAGCAAUGGAUCUCAGUAUGUAGCGGUGUAGGCAUGGGCCGGUAUGAGAGUCUCAGGGUUUCCUAACUGGAGGAAAAAAAAAUACUAACAAAAUGCUAUUUAUUCAGAAUAGUAUAUUAUAUGAUUGCUUUCAUUUCAAAACAAAAAGCAAACAUUUUUGUAAUUUAGUGGUAAAAAUUUAACCUCCGUUUUCUGUAAAAAUUUAUUUGUUUAUUUAUUUAUUUUUUUUACAUAUUUAUUCAAAGUGUUGCUAUGUCGUGACAG